AUGUUUUUCAAGUCCCUCGUUAUCCCAGCGCUCUUUGCUACUGUAAGAGCAGCUGAAGAUGGUGUUCGCUACGAAUACCGUACUGCCACCGUCACGCAAUGCUUCACUCGUGAUGCCCUAGCUGCCCCUACUCCCGUGAUCAUCGGCGCCACAGCCAUCGUCCACGAGCCAGCUGUCACUGGAGAGCCCAUUAUCGUCGAGGUUGAUGCUCCCAAGUGCGAGUCCUGCGGCUGUCCUACAUGCGUUCACACUGUUGAGUACACCACCAAGUUUCAAUGCUUCUGCUCCACAGGUCUCUGCGAUCAGGAGUAUUCCAUCAAGGAGAAGUAUAGCGGUAUGAAGGACAAGCCGGCUAUGGACUCGCACUCUAUUCCAAUUGGAUUCACAUGUGAUGUGCAGACUUGUACUACUUGUGGGCCUGAGCCCGUCACUGCUACUAUCACGUACCCUAUCAAGGAUCGUCCUUAUAUGAACGAUGUUGCGCAUCCGACUGCGGCGCCGCCUUCUGGAGGCAAGGGCGAUGACUACAAACCUGAGAGUGGCAGCAAGGGUCAAGAUUACGACAAUGGUUCCAAGUAUGACAACGAACCCAACUACCCAGAUGCUCCCGUCCCUGUCAAGAAGCCCGAAGGAGAACCCAUGCCUGUGCCUGCGCCUAUGCCCAAGCCUAAUGAGAGCAAUGGUUUCUACUCAAGUGUCAAGCCUACCUCGGAUUAUGGUGCUCAAGAAAGUGGUUAUCCCGGAGCUGGAGAUGAGCACCCCGUCAUUGUGUCAGCAGCUGCAGGCCGACAAGUUGGAAUUAUUGGUGCGGGAGUUGCUUUCGUUAUGGCUCUACUUUCUCUCUAG